AUGGACUUCCCCAGCUCCCUGCGCCCCACGCUGUUUACGAGUGGCCCCCUGGGUCUGAGCAACGUCCCCGACCUGUCCUUCAUGUGCAGCUGGAGAGACGCGCUGACUCUGCCGGAGGACCUGCCCCAGAGCGCCGAGAACGUGGCACCACACUUGGCCAGGGACCUGCGAUGGGAGCCAGAGACACCUGGGCCCUACCCCCUGCUGCCCCCCAAUCCUGCUCCCUGGGACCCUGGGCUGACGGCCCAGGACCUGCUUUUCCGGGGUGGCCACCACUUCUGCAAACGGCCCCGUGCCACGCUGGAUGUCACUGAGCAGCUCAGCCAUUUCCUGUGGCAUCACGGGGACAUUGCCUUUGGGCCCCUGGGGAACCUGAUGCAGGAGAAUUUCAAAUUGGAAGGCGCACGGAGCCGUUCUAAGAAGAAGACAGUGGUCAGUGUGAAGAGCCUGCUCCAGGACCUCGGUGGACACCAGCCCUGGGGGUGUCCCUGGGCAUCCCUCAGCCACCGGCAGCGCCGGUUCUCCAUCCUUGGUGGCCCGGUCUUGGCCAAGUCUGUGGCCAGCCUCCUGGGGGAACUGCUGCAGGAGGAGCUGGCAGGGCGCUGGGGGCAGCUGCUCCUGAAUGACACUGUCACUGGGGGUGCCCUGGCUUGGCUGCCUGGGAAGACGUCCCUGGCUGGGCAGCUGGUCUACCCCACUGGAGGUGCCCUGGACAAGUUGUGUUUCCAAGAGAUCAGUCUGACCCCUGGCAGUGACCCCCAGGUCCUUGGGGACCCUGGCCACAUCCAGCUCCGAGGACCUGUCCGGCAGGUGGUGAGCCGCACUGUCCAGGGAGAAGCUCUGCUUGCAGUCCGCUCCGACUACCACUGUGCCAUGUGGAAGGUCAGUAAACAGGGGCGGCCGGCCCCACUUCAGGUGCUGCAGGUGGAGAAGGGAGCCACAGGGAUCAGUCUCAGCCCUCACCUGCCCGGGGAGCUGGCCGUCUGCAGCCGUUCUGGAGCCGUCUGUCUGUGGACCCCCCAGGAUGGGCUGCAGCGCGUCUACAAGGAUCCCAAGACCCUUGUGUUCCGGGACCCCUCUCCCUGGCGUUGGGCAGACUUCACCGCCCACCCCCGGGUGCUGACUGUGGGUGAUCGCACUGGAGUGAAAAUGAUAGACACGCAGGGCCCCCCAGGCUGUGGUCUGCUGCUUUUCCGUGGGGGAGCAGAGGCCUCAUGCCAGAAAGGGGAACGUGUCCUGCUUGCCCAGUACUUGGGGAAGUCCAGCCCCACAUCUCUGAAUCCCAGUCUCCAUCUCAUCUGUACUCAGUUCUCACUGUAUCUGGUGGACGAGCGCCUCCCCUUGGUGCCCAUGCUGAAGUGGGCCCACGGCCUGCCCUCUGCACCCCUGCUGGCCCAGCUGCUGCCUGCGCCCUGCCCCAGCGCCCCUCAGCCCCUGCUUGUGGCAGGCCAUGGCGGCCAGCUGCAACUGCUGCAUCUCUCAGGAGAGGGGGUCUCCGCGCCCCGCCUGGCAGGGCCCCCGCAGUCCCUCCCAGUGAGGAUGGAUGCCCUCUCUGGCUUCCCUCUGCUGGAACCCACGAGUCAGAGGCAGCUGCAGGAGCGGCUGAGCGCGCCAACCCUAGGUCUGACAGCCUCCGUCCUGCCCUCGGCCUGCACGCCAGGCCUGGCUCUCUUCCACCUCUCUGCGGCCGGAGACGUGUUCUACCAGCACCUGCGCCUCCAGGAGUGCUCCGGCUGCUGCAGGAACACGCAGCCUCCCAGAGACCCCGGCCCGGAGUCCCAUGCCCCCGUGGGGGCAGCGCCAAGUCCGGGCAGGACACCCACUCCUGCCGUGGCUUCCUGGACCCCCCAGGCCACAGCUUGCUGCAGCCGGUGGCUGAAGGCCCUGCUCAAGGUGCCCCAGCCACCCCCUCUGUGGACAGCACCCACUUUUUCCCACCGCCACCUUCUGGGCUACAAGCAGCAGCCUGGGGAUGAGGGCAGAGUGCCGGCGGGACUGCGGGCAGCCAUGGGCCGGGGGCGGCUCCUGCGGCAGCAGGACCUGGGCUCGCUCCCCACGGCAGAGCCGCCCCCGGCCCCCGAGUCUGGCCCGGAGGAUGAGCUCAGUGAGCGGCUGAGCGAAGCCUGGGAGGGCCGGGGGGCGGCCUGGUGGGAGAGGCGGCAGGGCGGGAGCGCGGGGCCGGGGCGCCAGGUGAGGCGGCACAAGCGUCGCACCCAGCUCUCCAGCACCUUCUCCUCGCUCAGCGGCCGCUGGGACCUCUCCGACGGCCCCAGCCCCCCUCCCAGCCCAGAUCACCUGUCCCUGGAGCCCCGGCCCCGGCCCCGGCCUCCAGCCACACCACUCUCCCAGGAGCUGUGGGCCCGCAGUGUGCCUCUAGAGCGGCAGCAGACACUGAGGGACUACAUGGCCAAGCUGCCACCUGCCUGCCCCACGGCCGCCUCUGCAACCCCCUCCCAGGCCUCCAGCAUCCGGAGCACCCCCUCCAGACGGCAGGCCCCCCGCAAGAAGUCCCGCAUGGGCUUCUGA